AUGCUUUCCAACCCUCGUUCUUCAAAUUCAUCCCACACUGGGCUAAAAGCCCGGCGACGACGCAAGACGUCGAAAGAAGAGCGCAUCUGUCCAGUCUGCACGCAGGCCUUUAAAAAGGCCGAGCAUCUAGCUCGUCAUAUGAGGUCGCAUACGAAAGAGAAGCCGUUCAACUGUCCUGUUUGUAACAAGGCGUUUGCGCGACAAGACACAUUACUACGCCACUCGCGAUCGCAUCCUGCUGGAAGUAAUGCGUAUAGCAGCACAGCCGGAAUGUAUAGAUCAAUCGAUGAGUCUAUCGAUGAAUCUAUGAAUGACGAAUACGAGAAGCACCAUCUUGACCGGGAGCUCAUCUCGCAUACGAUCAGCUCGGACAUGCCGGCAGUUCCGGUGAACAUCGAACAUAUGAGCCAUCUUGACCAUCUUAACCCCAUUGCAGGAAACAUGAUGGCACCAGUAUCACCGCCAAACAGCUCAUCAAUUGACAAGCACACACCUAACAUGUCCAUUGGUGAGACCAGCUCGUAUCCAACGCAAAUUACCCCCUUAAAUUCGCUCUUCUCUCUAGAGACUGGCGACGCGUGGAGAAACCAGGCCAGUCCACAGCCGCCCAUAUGGAAUUUUCAGUUCGAUAGGGAAUUGGAGACACUUCUCACUGGCGAGGACUUUGAUCUGGAUGCGGUGAAUAUGUCGCUCCUGUAUGCGACGUCUGAUUAUGUGCCUGUGGAUGCUAUUCCCGGCAUGAACGUGACACGGCUGCCCCCUCCGGUAGACAUUGUUUCGAGCAGUGAUAAUAUUCAACGGCAUGUCGAGGCGGUACAAAGGAAAUGGCACACUUUCUCGGAAUUGCUACCUUCAGGACAAAUGACGCCAGACGUGCCUCGAGAGGCCAGCUUGAUUGACGAGUCGUAUCGCAAGCGAUUGGCGGAACGUCUUCAACAACGGGUGCAGCAUGGCAUUUUGCCUUCGACUCCUUUCCUCGAUCUCUGUAUUCAAGCAUACUUUUCCAAAUUCCAUCCUCUUUUCCCCAUAGUACACAUGCCCACUUUCCGGCCAGGCACUCAAAACUCGGUCCUUCUGUUAUCCGUCUGCUCUGCUGGGAGCCUGUUCGUUGGCUCCCCGCGGGCCAUUUCACAUGGCAUCAGUAUGUUUGAGCGACUGAACAAGGCUACUCUCUCCUCGUGGGAUACAUACGUUUCCAAAUCCAAGGGGUCUUCUUUGGUAGCCCUUCAAGCUUCGAUGAUUGGACAGAACUUUGGGCUAAUGAUGGGUAGGCCAAAGGACUUGGUGGGAAUCGAAAUGUGGCAUGGUAGUAUAGUUGCGUGGGCACGUAGAGCAAGAAUCUUUGAUCUUCGACAUCCUCCAUACAACCUUGCCGAGCUGGAUGGUGAGGCGCUGAAUGACGCCUGGAUGGGUUGGAUCCAAAUCGAGGUGAAUAAACGCAUCGUUCUCGGUCUUUAUAUCCAUGACGCCGAACUCGCUCGUUUACACCAUCACGAGCCCCUCCUCCGCCACUCCCUCGAGCGUCUCCCUCAAAUCUCAUCAAAUGAUCUCUUCGCGGCAUCCAGCGCAGAACACUGGAAAACCCUCAUGCUGGAUGAACGAGCCCGCACUUUCGCAAAUAAUCCUCCUCCCCACAAUACCCCGCCGCCAUCAAAUCACCCUCCACAAGUCCUCCCGGGGGAUUUUGCACUCUGCGGAAUGCUCGAGUCUAUAAGCGCAAUGGCCUACGAAAUACACGACGAACAUUCUCUCCACGCUCCCUGGGAAUCGACAUCACCAUCAACACUACACCCAUUCGCAAUCUCAGCCCCAACCUCACCUUCAAUACCACCAUCACACCAACCCACAAAAUACCACAUCCUCCUCACAAAUUGGUACACAGCCUACCACGCCCCGCUCCAAAACAAAGCAACCUGGCCCUGCCUCAUGAUGCUCUGGCAUUCAACCCAUAUAACCCUGCACGCCGACAUCAACGCCCUCGAAUGCGCCGCCGGCCGCGAGGGCUACGACGGCGUGCAAAAAUACACCCCCUACGCCCGGUCCUGGGUUCGCUCCGCGGAUGCAAAACGCUGUUUACUCCAUGCACUACUCAUCCAGAAGAACUUUGAGUCUCUGUCCGCGGGCGCGGAACCGGCCAUAUACGUGCCGAUGUGUUUGUAUUAUUGUGGGUUGGUUUGGACGUGUUUCAUGUGUUUCGGUGAUGCUGCGAAUGGGCGUGGUCAUGACCACGAAUCCGAUGUUGGAGAUGGCCAUGACGAACAGAAUAAAUGCGGAUCUCCCGAAGGCCGGGACGAGAACAUCACCAUCGGUCCCGCUGAGAUUCUUCAAUUUGCCGAACUCCGUUUACCGGGCGUUAAUGGGAUUGGUGGCUUUUUGGAGCAGAUGGGUGGAUUGCAGCCACGACGGUUGGCGAUGGGCAGCUUGUUUCGGAUUAUUGAUUUGUUGCAGCGGAUCAGUCAUUGGAAGAUUGCGCAGAGUCUUGCGGCGACGCUUUUAGUGCUUGUUGAGGAGACGCAGGAUUUGUUUUGAUAUGCGAUGGGAGUUUUUGAGGUAUAGUAUAGAGGAGUUAGAAUUGGGAUUGGAGUUGGGCUA